AUGAUUUCAGACUCUGGACGUUCGCGUGAUCACUACCGCGACGAGCGACGUGAUCGCGAUCGGGGUGAGAGGGGUGGCGAUCGACCUGAAAGAGGAGAGCGACGCCGGUCUCGCUCACCUCACUACGGCUCACGGGGCUCGCGCCGCGAACAGGAGCCCAAUUCCUACUCCUCGAGCCGAGAUUACCGCGCUCGCGAGCGUGAGGAUCGCUACUCCAGUCGUCGGGACGACCGCGAAUGGGACCGAGACCGUGGAGAUCGUGGAGACCGGGGUGAGCGUGCUGGAGGGGAGCGUGCUGGAGGGGAGCGCGCUGGAGGGGAGCGCGCUGGAGGGGACCGUGGUGAUCGCCGUCGCCGAGACUUUGAUGACAGACCACGACGGGACCUCUUCGACGAGAGACCUCGACGUGGCGGCCGCGAUGAUCGUCGGGAACGCGACAACGAGCGUGCUGCAGGUGGUGGCGAUAGAAGAGAUCGAGCCAAGCGGAGCGCUUCUCCCCCGCGGAAGAAGGAGCCUACCCCAGAUUUGACCGAUGUUCCGUCGGUAUUGGAACGCAAGCGUCGCCUCACACAAUGGGACAUUAAGCCUCCGGGAUACGAGAAUGUGACUGCUGAGCAGGCCAAGCUUUCGGGCAUGUUUCCUCUGCCGGGAGCUCCCCGCCAGCAGCCAAUGGAUCCCAGCCGUCUGCAGGCUUUCAUGAACCAGCCUGCUGGCUCGACUGAGAACACUGCCCUCAAGCCAUCCAACUCUCGUCAAUCAAAGCGUCUCUUUGCAUACAACGUUCCCCCGGGCGCGACUGGGGAUAAUAUUAUGUCAUUCUUCAAUCUCCAGCUGAAUGGCCUCAAUGUCAUUCACAGCGUCGACCCCUGCAUUUCCGCCCAGCUUUCUGAAGACCAGACGUUUGCCCUUUUGGAAUUCAAGUCACCAAAUGAUGCGACGGUUGCCCUGGCUUUUGACGGUAUCACCAUGGCAGAUAGUGGGGACAAGGGACUGGAGAUCCGACGACCUAAGGAUUACAUUGUUCCCAACGGAAGCGCUGAUCAGGAGUACCAGGAAGGCGUGCUCCUAAACGAGGUGCCGGAUUCACCGAACAAGAUUUGCGUCUCCAACAUUCCAGCUUAUAUUCCGGAGGAGCCUGUGACAAUGCUGCUCAAGUCCUUCGGCGAACUAAAAUCGUUUGUUUUGGUCAAGGAUGCAUCGACCGAGGAGUCCCGGGGUAUCGCCUUCUGCGAGUAUGCUGAUCCCAACGCCACGCCCAUCGCCGUCGAAGGCCUCAAUGGUAUGGAAUUGGGUGAUCGCCACCUUAAGGUAUCCCGUGCCAGUAUUGGAACUACCCAAGCUGCUGGUCUGGACAUGGGUGUCAAUGCCAUGUCGAUGUUCGCCAAAACUACCUCUCAGGAUAUGGAGGCUGGUCGUGUGUUGCAGCUUCUGAACAUGGUGACCGUGGAUGAGCUACUUGAUAACGAUGACUACGAGGAGAUUUGUGAGGAUGUGUCCGAGGAAUGCGCCAAGUUUGGACAGGUCCUGAGCUUGAAGAUUCCUCGCCCCUCCAGCAGCAGCCGUCAGUCGCCUGGUGUCGGCAAGAUCUACGUCAAAUUCAUCGAUGAGCAGUCCGCCACUAGUGCUCUCAAAGCGCUCGCCGGCCGCAAAUUCUCGGACCGCACUGUUGUGGUCUCCUACUUCGGAGAGGAGAACUUUGACGUGGAUGCUUGGUAA